AUGACCGUGUUUCUGGGCAUCUAUAGGGCCAUCUAUGCCUAUGAACCGCAGACACCAGAAGAACUGGCCAUCCAGGAAGAUGAUCUGUUGUACCUAUUACAAAAAUCAGAUAUUGAUGAUUGGUGGACAGUGAAGAAAAGGGUAAUUGGCUCCGAUAGCGAAGAACCAGUGGGUCUAGUACCUUCCACUUAUAUUGAAGAGGCUCCCGUUUUGAAGAAGGUAAGAGCCAUUUAUGACUAUGGACAGGUGCAAAACGCUGAUGAAGAAUUAACGUUUCAUGAAAAUGACACUUUUGAUGUAUUUGAUGAUAAUGAUGCGGAUUGGUUGUUGGUUAAAUCUACCGUCUCCAAUGAAUUCGGCUUUAUUCCAGGAAACUACGUUGAGCCAGCGGACGGAUCCGCUCCUAAACAGGAACGGUCACCAGCCGCCGCCGAUGUAUCAGCUGCUACGCCAACUACUGCGCCAGCUGCUGCACUCCCUACCAGCUUUUUACCACCUCCUCAACAUAAUGAUAGGGCUCGCAUGCUUCAAGACAAAGAAGACCGAGUUCUAGAUGAAGAUGAUGAGGGUCCUCCUCCUGCCAUGCCUGCAAGACCAACCGCUACUAUUGGAACUACCGAGGCCACGGCUAUGGCGGCUCCAUCUCACAGAAGACCAUCAUAUAGCGAUAACGACAAUAACGACGAAGAGGAUGAUUACUAUUACAACAACAACAACAGCGUUGGAAACCACGAAUACAACACAGAGUACCAUUCUUGGAAUGUUACUGAAAUCGAAGGUAGGAAGAAGAAAAAAGCCAAGCUAUCAAUCGGUAACAAUAAAAUAAACUUUAUACCCCAGAAAGGAACCCCUCAUGAAUGGUCAAUUGAUAAAUUGGUCUCAUACGAUAAUGAGAAGAAACACAUGUUUUUAGAAUUCGUUGACCCUUAUAGAAGUCUUGAAUUGCACACCGGCAACACCACCACGUGUGAAGAGAUCAUGAACAUUAUUGGUGAGUAUAAAGGUGCUUCUCGUGAUCCCGGCUUGAAAGAAGUUGAAAUGGCUUCCAAAUCUAAGAAAAGAGGUGUCGUGCAAUACGACUUUAUGGCCGAGUCACAGGACGAAUUAACCAUAAAAUCAGGCGACAAAGUUUACAUUCUAGACGAUAAAAAAUCCAAGGACUGGUGGAUGUGCCAGCUGAUUGAUUCUGGCAAAAGUGGCCUCGUUCCUGCACAGUUUAUUGAACCUGUUCAUGAUAAGAAACAUACCGAAUCCACGGCAAGCGGUAUAAUCAAAUCCAUCAAGAAAAAUUUCACCAAAUCUCCCUCCAGGUCGAGAUCUCGAUCGAGGUCAAAAUCCAAUGCUAACAACAAUUGGAAAGAGGAUGAAUCUCAAAACGAUGUUCCUACUACUGUUAUCGGUAAAAGGUCAAGGAAAAGUUCAUUGUCCUCACACAAGAAAAACUCAUCGGCGGCAAAAGAUUUCCCUAAUCCAAAAAAAUCGCGUUUAUGGGUUGAUAGAAGUGGUACUUUUAAAGUGGAUGCUGAAUUUAUUGGGUGUUCUAAGGGCAAGAUCCAUUUACACAAAGCUAAUGGUGUCAAGAUUGCUGUCGCUGCUGAUAAGUUAUCUAACGAGGAUCUGGUCUACGUGGAGAAAAUUACAGGCUUUUCCUUAGAAAAGUUUAAAACCAAUGAUGGCUCUUCCUCUCAUGGCAGUGAUUCAAGAGACUCUGAAAGAGAAAGAAGAAGGAGGUUAAAGGAGCAAGAAGAAAAGGAACGUGAUAGAAGGUUGAAAGAACGUGAAUUAUAUGAAUUGAAGAAAGCUAGAGAACUAUUGGAUGAAGAAAGAUCAAGGUUGCAAGAAAAGGAAUUACCUCCAAUAAAACCACCAAGACCAAACUCUUCUGCCUCUGUUUCAAAUACGACCCCUACGUCAAUCGCAGAAAACGGUAACAACAACAGUAACAAAUAUGACUGGUUCGAAUUUUUCUUGAAUUGCGGUGUGGAUGUUAGCAAUUGUCAAAGGUAUACUAUCAAUUUCGAUAGGGAGCAAAUCACCGAAGAUAUGAUGUCUGACAUAAAUAGCUCCAUGUUAAGGACCUUAGGUUUGCGUGAAGGUGAUAUUGUUAGAGUGAUGAAACAUCUUGAUAAGAAAUUUGGAAGAGAGAAUAACACAACCAUUCCAUCAAAUGCUACUGGAAAUAUGUUUUCCCAGCCUGAUGGUUCAUUGAACGCUGCUGCGGUCCCUGAAACCUCAUUGCCUCAGCAAUUGUUACCACAGACAACAAGCCCUGCUCAAAUAGCUCCUCCUGCAUCAGCAGAGAUGGAUGAUGCUUGGACUGUCAAGCCGGCUUCUAAGUCUGAAUCUAACUUACUCUCCAAGAAAUCUGAAUUUACUGGUUCCAUGCAAGAUUUAUUGGACUUACAGCCCCUUGAACCUAAAAAGACCUCAACCACAACACCUGAACCAAACUUGAAGGACUUGGAACCUGUGAAAACUGGUGGCACUACCGCUGUCUCGGCUCCAGUUCCACCUGCUCCCGCCCCAUUAGAUCCAUUUAAGACUGGUGGCAACAAUAUCUUGCCGUUAACUACUGGUUUUGUGAUGAUGCCAAUGAUUACUGGGGGUGCCAUGCUACCAAUGCAAAGAACUGGUGGCUUUGUCGUGCCACAAACAACUUUCGGUAUGCAAUCACAAGCUACUGGUGGUAUCUUACCUGUUCAGAAGACGGGUAACGGGCUAAUUCCAAUCGCUAACACUGGCGGCGCUAUGAUGCCACAAACUACAUUCGGCACAACUCCUACUGUUUUGCCUUUGCAGAAAACGGGAGGUGGCCUAAUACCAAUCGCUACGGGAGGCGCACAAUUUCCACAAACUUCAUUCAAUAUUCAAGCGCAGCAACAACUUCCAACAGGUUCAGUGCUGCCUGUCCAAAAAACCGCCAAUGGAUUAAUCUCAGCCAAUACUGGUGUCUCAAUGCCACCUUUACAAAGGACUGGUGGCGCCAUGUUUGCACAGCCUCAAAUUACUGGUGGUGCUGUGAUACCACAAACGUCAUUUGGCGUUUCGCAACAACUAACAGGUGGUGCAAUGAUGGCCCAACCCCAAAAUACUGGUGGUGUCAUGAUGCCCCAAACAUCUUUCAAUGCUCUAACCCAAACUACCGGAGGAGCAAUGAUGCCUUUACAAAGGACUGGCGGUGCAUUGAAUACAUUUAACACAGGUGGUGCUAUGAUCCCUCAGACUUCGUUUAACACUCAGCCUCAAAAUACUGGGGGAUUCCGGCCACAGUCCCAAUUUGGUAUAACUUUACAGAAAACAGGAGGUAUUACACCAUUAAACCAGAAUCAGUUCACUGGUGGAGCCAUGAAUACUUUCAAUACGGGGAGUGUUCUUCAACAACAGCCACAGAUGAUGAAUACUUUCAAUACUGGCGGUGUUAUGCAACAACCACAGAUGAUGAAUACUUUCACUACCGGUGGCGCCAUGCAACAACCACAGAUGAUGAAUACUUUCAAUACUGGCGGUGUUAUGCAACAACCACAAGUGAUGAAUACUUUUGCUACCGGCGGCGCCAUGCAACAACCACAGAUGAUGAAUUCUUUCAAUACCGGAGGCGCUAUGCAGCAACCACAACAACAAGCAUUACAGAACCAACCUACUGGAUUUGGGUUUGGUAAUGGCCCUCAACAAUCAAGACAAGCUAAUAUAUUUAAUGCUACUGCAUCAAAUCCUUUUGGAUUCUAG